AGGGCAGAGCAACUGUAUCCUCUGAAAAAGAAAAUUAAGGGGGUGUGAUUAAGUGUGUGCGAGAGAGAGAGAGACAAAAAAAUGAGAACAAACUAGUUGAGCUCACAUGAGAGGAAGUGCAGAACACAGAAAAGUAAGAGGGAGCUCGUAGUGUCAAGCAGUUUGAAUGUGACUUCGCUCGUCAGCACACAGCCAGGCUCCGGGGCUGCAGCACCACUCCCCUGUCAAAGCAGGAGCUAUCUCCUCUCCGAGCCGACCACUCUGUCCCACCGCUGCCUGUCUGACUGACUGAACUCCUGCAGGACCUGUAGGGACCUCUCCCUGAACAUCAACACCAAAAAGCGUGGAUGUGAUCAUCAGCCAUCAGAUUCCAUCACCCGUUAGUGGGAAGCAAUCCAUGGACCUAAGUGUGACCCACAGGUUGUUACAUUCAGGACCAGAUUCGGCAAUGCUGGCCCCCCACCCUCCCUUCUUCCUGGGACCCCUGACCACUCAGCAUUGCUCACAGUUUUCCCAGCAGCACUUGCAGUAUAACACUGAACAAAGGCAAAGAGAAAUGGAGAAGGUGGAAAGAGAAGAGCUACAACAGCUGAUUCGAAAAAGUAAAAAUGAGCACAGUGCUGUUGCCAGUCCACUUGUAAAGGAGAAACUUCGGAAACACUUAAUCAUGAAAAACCAGCCUACCCAUGACAGGGUCACUCCCAGCCAGUGCAGUAGUCCCCCGGGAUACAGGCUACCGGUUCCCGACCAGCCUACAUCCUGUGACCAGCGCAAGGACCUCGCCCUGCGAAGAACAGUCUCUGAGCCCACAUUGAAAUGGAAGUUAAAGAAACUCAUCACAACAAGACCUAACCCGCUGCAGCGUAAAACCAGCGCCCCUCCUUCUGUCAAGCAUAGAACAGAAACUCUGGACUCCUCUCCAAGCAGCAGCAGCACCUCCGCAUCAGGGUGCAGCUCACCAAAUGACAGCCUCCAUUCAGAUAAUGGGUCCCUCCCACUGGCUCAUGAGAGGCUGCUGAAGAAUGGUAAUGUAACACACUUCACCCUGCCCACCAACCCCACUUCAAUGCCCAACAUCACUGCUGGACUUCCGGCACAAGCUGACUUGAGAGUACCAAGACCAAUGGCAGUGCAACCUGUUUACCUUCCUCUGGAAGGAAGCAGUCAGGCUCUGGCUCAACACCUGCAACCAGUGCUCUUAAUUGAACCGCACACUGGGCUGCUGCGCUCCCAGCUAGUCCCUCUUCAUUUGAGCUCCAUUCCUCAGCAGCAGCAUCCUCACCUGUCCUCCCCCAGGAGAGUCACAUUGUCCUCUCACAGACCUGUUGAGCGAACACAUUCAGAGCCUCUACCCUACAGCCACUCAUUUCUACCCCUGCAUCCAAGCCAUCAACUGCAUGGCCAGCACCAGUUUCCCCAGCACUACCAUAAGAGUGGACUGGAAAGGCUCAAGUUAAAUCCACACCUGACAAAGCUGAAUAGCAAAUCCAUUGAGAAGCCGCGUCUGACCCAGAUCCCAUCAGAGGACAUGGACCUGGAGGAGAUCGGAUCAGGACCAGGGUCAGGGACAGGAUCUGUGUGCGGCUCAGAGCCAGGCUCCCUGUGUGAGGAUGGCCACCGCAGGAGACAAAGCACUGCCAGCACAGACUCCGUUUAUGACACAGAGUCCACUACCUCCUCACGGGAAAGCUUGAUCGAGCCAUCACACACACUCAAUCAGAGGCAGUUGAUCCUUAGACCAGGUCUACAACCAGAUACACUGGCUGUGCCUACCAUAAUCUGGCCUCACCAACAUCAGCACCAACCUGUGAUUCGGUCACGAUCCUUACCAACGUCCACCUCCAUGCCUCCUAUUUCACAUCCAUCCACCACCAUACCCUCUAUGUCACUGUCCAGCCCUGCUACAGAUGUCAAGCUACGCUACACAACAGGUUUGGUUUAUGAUGCGCAGAUGCAAAAGCAUCAGUGUACCUGUGGAGACAACAGUCGCCACCCUGAACAUGCAGGGAGGAUCCAGAGCAUCUGGUCUAGACUGCAUGAGAGAGGACUAAAGAGCCACUGUGAGUGUAUUCGCAGCAGAAAGGCCAGCCUGGAAGAGCUGCAAUCAGUCCAUUCAGAAAAGUAUGUGCACUUGUUUGGCAACACCACACCAACACACCGCAAGUUUGCUGGAUCUCAACCAAGUUUUGUGAUGUUACCAUGUGGAGGAGUUGGGGUAGACAUUGAUACAGUUUGGAACGAACAUCACACAGCAGUUGCUUCCAGAACUGCAGCAGGGUGUGUCACAGACUUAGCACUGAAGGUGGCACAGAGAGAGUUGAAGAAUGGCUUUGCAGUGGUGAGGCCCCCUGGACACCAUGCAACCUAUUCCUCUCCUCUGGGCUUCUGUUUCUUCAACUCUGUGGCCAUUGCUGCCAAACAGCUUCAAAACAAACUCAACAUCAACAAGAUCCUCAUUGUAGACUGGGAUGUGCACCAUGGCAACGGGACCCAGGAAGCUUUCUAUGAUGACCCAGGUGUUAUGUACAUCUCUCUGCAUCGUUAUGACAAUGGCAACUUUUUUCCUGGUAGCGGACAUCCAAGUGAGGUGGGUACAGGUGCAGGCGAGGGCUUCAAUGUGAAUGUUGGCUGGACUGGAGGUUUGAACCCUCCGAUGGGCGAUGCAGAAUACCUGGCUGCCUUCAGAGCUGUGGUGAUGCCCAUUGCCCAUGAGUUCUCCCCUGAUGUGGUACUCGUGUCAGCUGGCUUUGAUGCCGUGGAAGGACAUUCACCUUCACUGGGAGGCUACAAGGUUACAGCCAAGUGUUUUGGCUUUUUGACACGUCAGCUGAUGUCACUGGCAGGAGGCCGGGUUGUCCUCGCUCUGGAAGGGGGGCAUGACCUCAAAGCUAUCUGUGAUGCUUCUGAAGCCUGUGUCAGCGCCCUGCUGGGCAUGGAGGUGGAGCCGCUGUCCCAGUCAGUGUUGGACCAGAAGCCAUGUGAAAACGCAGUGCGUUCACUGCACAAAGUCCUCCAGGUUCAGGGUGAGUACUGGCGGAGUGUGAAGGAUUUGGCCGCCACAGUGGAUCUAUCCUACCUGCAGGCACAGAAACCAAGACCCAGACGAGACUCGGACAGUGAGGCAGUCAGCGCCAUUGCGUCACUAUCCAUGGGAUCCCUGACAUCUGAAAGGAAACAUGAAAAAAUUGCAGAGAAAAGUGAUUCUGUCUGAGGACAAUCUCCUGACUGUUAUCUUCAAACUAGUCUCAGUGGAAACACACACACACACACACACACACACACACACACACACACACACAUACAUACAUACACAUACAAAGCUGUGCAUUUGGAUCAUCACUGGAAAAACUCCUGCGUAACUACUGGCUGCAGUAUGACCACUCUGAUUCAAACACAGACCGAGGAACAGAGUUCAUCUGGGCCGCUUUCUUACUCUCUUGAGUUCUCUGCAGGAUUUUCCCGGAUUGUCUCUCUUGCUUGAAGAAGAAUCUUUAUUUUGUUGUAGCACCCAGUGCAACAUGACGUAGCAUGAACAUGAGAAAGCACUGCCCUGUGACUUUAAACAUGGACUUUGUUCAUGAUUUCAGCGAAACCUACACAGCACAACUUAGACUCUUGUCUUGAAGGUGAAGUGGAGUCAAAGGGGAAGAAGGCAGUGGAGAGCAGGCAUGCUCUCUACACUUAAAAACAAGUCAGAUCAUAUCAUUUUAAGCAUCCAAUGAAGGAAAAAGAUCAGAGUUUUCCUGAUUGUCUUGCACUGUAUCAUUAUGCAACUGGACAAAAAGGAAAAGCAUGUUGACAAUCAAACAUUUGUUCGUAGUUUAACAUUUAAAUAUUUAAUCGUUUGACAUAUAGCACACAUUUCUGUGACCAUCAGCUUGAGAAUUUUCUUUAAGGAUUCCGGUAAUCCAGAGUGAAGCUACAAUGAAGUCUGAGAUACAUAUGUUUCAUAUUGUUCUAUGUCCACAUACUUUCUUAAACCUCCCUCUUUUUUUUCUUUUUCUUCCAUGCAGCAAGAGAUAGCUGCAGUUAUUGUUAUCACUCCCUGACAAAUAAAAGACACACAAGCCUUUGACGAAGUGCAUCUUAAAUAUAUAGACAUACUGUAGUUUGCAUUGAUGACAUUAGUCACAGUGAAUAUCUAAUACCUCUAAUCACUGGGAAAUCACCCAUGAUGCCUUGGUGCAGCAUGACCACUCAGUAAUGAUUGUAUAUGUGACAAUGCAGAUCACAUUUUGACAUUUUGGAUGAGACAUCCAAAGCAUUUAUGACAAUGUUUUACACACAUAUAAAGUGCACUUAGCUUGGCCCCAGAGAUGAGGGUCAGAAUAAUUGAGGUCUCAAAAUCUGAGCUAUAAUAUUUUUGUGAAGUGGACCAGUGUUUCUUCCUGUGGAUGAGCAUUCCUGCUGUAUUUCUUCAUCUUUUUUUGCUAUUUUUAUCUUGAGGAAGACAGUCUGAUCCAUAUUUUGUUAUUCAUUUACAAAGCGCUGGUCUGAUUAUUCUCAGUAUCAGGGGCGUUUUGCUCCCUGGACCAAACAAUGGCAUUUUAGCAUUCGGGAUGGAGCAAAGAUACUGAUAAAUAUAAAUACUAGGUAAAUAUACAGGCAACGAUAUGCACACAAUGAAAGUGGACACAGGUUAAGCGCAACCAAAGUUUAUGAGAACAAUAUGCCGUCCUUGGACUGGCAUGGCCUAAAGAACUUCAAAGACUUUGUGAAUGUUUCUUUUCUCUUUCCAAACAGUCAAAAAGCACCAAAAGCACAGAUAUAUAAACAAAUGCAUUUGACAUGACGUGUAUUUAUACUUUGAGAUUCUGUGUCUUUGAAGUGGUUUUUGCGUGUCUAACGCAGUUAUAUUGGUGCUAAUACAGUAUGUCUGCUUUGUUUUCUGUUAAGUUCUUAUUUGUGUUGCGUUGUGCAUGCAACCCAAAACCUGUCCAGUGUCUGUUAAUGAAAUAUAAAUGUGAAAACACAUGACUGAUGUACAGCUGUCUCUGCAAGUUUGACAGCCUGACAGUAGACUGUAGCUUUAGAUAGUUUUACAUGACAGUAACCUGACAAACGAUAUGUCUUAUCUUUCUGUCUUAAUUAACACAAAUGAUCUAUUUUUGUAUUUGAUCUAAAAAAAUAAAACCUGUGUAUCAAGAGACCAAAUUAUUACCUGGAUUGUCAUGACCAAGGUGUGUGAAGGUAGACUUAACAGUGUGGAGCUUAAUUAAAAGUGCAGGCCGAGUCCAUUUUCAUCAUAACUGACUGUUUCUGUACAGUGUAGAUAAUAAUAACCUCUGUUCUGACUCUUGUCUGUCUUUUGACUUUUCUAUUUUGUUCCAAAAAAAACUUUAAUAAAGAGAAAUUAU